CCUGACUGCGCUUCCCUCCGGCCCGCCCUUCCCUUCCCUUUCUCGGCGCUGCUGCCGCGGCUGCGGCCAUGGGGGCGGCGGUGUUCUUCGGCUGCACCUUCAUCGCCUUCGGGCCGGCCCUGGCCCUCUGCCUGCUCACCGUGGCCAGGGACCCCCUGCGCGUCAUUAUCCUCGUGGCUGGGGCCUUUUUCUGGCUGGUCUCUCUCCUCUUCGCUUCUUUGAUUUGGUUUAUUUCAGUGCAUCUGAGCGACCGAGAGGAUGGGCAGCUGCAGUAUGGCCUCCUGAUGUUUGGGGCAGCCGUGUCAGUCCUGCUGCAGGAAGCCUUUCGCUUUGCUUACUUCAAGCUCCUCAAAAAAGCAGAUGAAGGGUUGAUGACUAUCAGCGAAGACGGCCGCUCUCCCAUCUCAAUCAAGCAAAUGGCAUACGUGUCAGGUCUCUCCUUUGGGAUCAUCAGUGGCGUCUUCUCCGUCAUCAACAUCCUUGCGGAUUCCAUCGGGCCAGGCACUGUGGGGAUCCAUGGGGAUUCCCCCCAUUACUUCAUCACUUCAGCUUUCCUCACCAUGGCACUGGUUUUCUUGCACACGUUCUGGGGGACGAUUUUCUUCGAUGCCUGCGAGAAGAGGCGCUAUUGGAAGCUGGUGCUGGUGGUCGCCAGUCACCUGGUCACGUCUGGGUUGACGUUCCUGAACCCUUGCUAUGAGGCCAGCCUCAUUCCCAUCUUCCUUAUCACGUUCUCCACGGGAGUGUGGGCCUUCUUCACAGCAGGAGGUUCCCUGCGCAGCCUUCAGGCCUGCCUUUCCUGCCGGCGGAAGGAAGCGGACCAAGUGAUGGUGUACUCUGCGCUGCAGCUUCCCGUUGAGGACUGAGUACCCCUGUGGCAUCCUGGCUCCCGGGAUGCUCCUAGACAGAAGGUCACCCAAGUGCCCUUUUCUCGGCUGCUGCAAAUCAUAUCCGCGCGCUCUCUCCCCACCCCACCCACCCCAGAUGGGAGACGCAAGUCCAGAGCUGACCGUCGUCUAACCGACAGAUGUUCCUUGGCUGUCAUGGGUGGCUUUGAUUGCAGGAUAAUCACUACUCCACUGGCCCAACCCGUGGUUGGGAAUUUGACUUUCCCCCCCUCCAGCGUGGUAUCUCUGUGUGUUUAGCGUUUUGUGUUUUUUUGGUUCCGUUCUGGGAGAUGGAAAAUGUUGGUUGAUCUUCCAGCAGUCCCUUCCCUUUGCUAGACAGAAGGAAGUCGAGCAAGGCUAGGCGACUUCGAAACUCUGGUCUCCCUGAAAUACACCCCCUCUCGAGCUUUGCAUUCUUCAACUUGCAAUUCCCGGAGCCGACGUGAGCCUCUGUUCCCUCUUCGGCGUCGAGGAGCCCGGGAUUGGAUCGGUCAUAUUCAUUGGAUCUGCAACGUCAGUGGAAGUGGUUUGAAGUCAGCUGUGCCUGGGCGAAUCUCCGAUUCCCCUGGUCAGCCACUUUGGCCACAGGGCUUGUUGGAGAAGAGAGUGGCCAUGCUGGGCCAUGACCUACGCUUCCUGGAUGAAGCAGAGUCGCAUCAUCUCUCACCUCGCUCCCUUCCUCUUCUGCCUUUUGUAAUAGCAGCUGGGAGACGGCUGGGACUCUUCAGGGGCCCCGGGUGUGGCCCCGGAGCUGCUGGUUGCUGAUCCUGCUCUAAUUGGUGAAGAGCGCAUGCUCCUGACUUCAGAGUUUUGGAAGUCUUCAGCUGGGAUUGGUCCAGUCUUAUCUAGCUGUUCCCGAGCAAUCAGAUUACUCCAGUUUACUCCUGCUGGGGGGCGGGGGGAGCACUCCGUUUUUCCUGUUAAAACCCCAGAACUCUGGAUCUUCCUCUCGUUUGGAAGGAGUCCUCUCUGCAGGCAUGUGUGUGUGUGAGUUGUGGUUUUUUUUACUGUCGAGUCGUUUUCACAGACUGAAAUGGAACUACCGAGCUUUUUGGCUAGAGCUGUUUUGGCUAGAAGAGAUGGCAUUUGAAAAGAUUUGAAUCUAGACCUUCCUGUUGCACUCUGAUGAAAUGUCCAAACACUGGAACCCUAGACUCUGUGUGUGUGUGUGUGUGUGUGUGUGUGUGAGAGAGAGAGAGAGAGAGAGAGAGAGAGAGAGAGAGAGA